AUGUGGCAUCUAGAGAUUCUGCCAAAGAAUUGGAGUGAAGACAGACCAGAAUUCAGCAUGUCCUCUAACGGGAGCUCCAACAACACCAGCACCCAGAGUGAGCUGUCCAUCACUGCGUCUGUCAUCUCCAUGACUGUCGGCAUCUUGUCCAACAGCUUUGCUCUUUUCAUACUGAGAAAAUCCUACAGUCGUAUUCGUGCGAAGUACAAAGCCUCCUUCCUGCUCUUCGCCAGCAGCCUGGUGGUCACUGACCUGCUGGGACACCUCAUCAUUGGUUCUCUGGUUCUCUUUGUCUACAUUUCCAAUAAGCGAUGGGAGCUGUUUGACCCAUACCGCAUCGUGUGCAGCAUCUUUGGGACCUGCAUGGUGUUCUUUGGCCUCAGCCCUCUUUUCCUGGGAAGCGCCAUGGCCGUGGAACGCUGCAUCGGAGUCACCCGACCGAUCUUCCACUCAACCGGGUUGGCGUCCCACCACAUGAGGAGGCUGCUGGGGGUCAUGUGGGUGCUGGCUGCUCUGGUGGCGGUGCUGCCAGUGCUGCUGUGGCGGCCCUACAAGAUCCAGAGCUCCAGGAGCUGGUGCUUCUUCCACAUGGAUGAGCCCAGAGACUGGCUGGACGUGCUGCUGCCUCUGCUCUUCUCCAUGCUGGGGAUUGUGGCUCUGCUGUUGUCCAUAGUGUGUAACACAAUGACCAGCUUUGCUUUGCUUCAAUCAAGACUGCGCCAAAAGCAUCACUGCAGAGGAACUUCCUACCAUCUGGAGAUGAUCUGCCAACUUCUGGUCAUCAUGCUGGUGUCCUGCGUCUGCUGGGGCCCUUUGCUGAUCCGCGUCAUCAUCCAGUGUCUCAAAGUCCAUGAGGAGCCCAAGUCCAUCAGUCUAUUGAUGAUGGUGCGCAUGGCGACUUGGAACCAGAUCCUGGACCCUUGGGUCUAUAUUCUGCUGAGGAAAGCUGUUAUGAAGAAAAUCUUCUUGUUGCUGCAAAACUUUUGCGCAUCCAAGCCACAGCGACUUCUAACGUGGCAGAGGAGCCUCUUCAGGAGCUCGGAGGAGACAAACAACAAUGCAUCUGGGUCCCCUACCUGUCCCUGCCUUGGAGGAUUGAUCCUGAAAGACACAGUGAUUCAGUCAAUUGCAUGA